CACACACACGCUUGUACAAUAUCACAUAAUAUCCUAUGGAAAAACAAGAAAGUACUCGCGAUCCUUCCCGAUCUCUCGCGGAAGGUACUUCCGCGAAGACCGUAGACCGCGCGCUUAUAAUUUAUGAACAGAAAUCAAAGACUCUAGCAAGAGGAAAAAGUAGCGAACCCUCUUACGGAAAUCACUGUUUCUAUAAAGUUUACCCUUCAUAUCCUCUAACGGCCUUUCGACCGCUUCUUUCCAUAAGAAAAAGUAAUCGUGGUAACUGGAAAAUAACGCUACUGCGCAGCCGCGAUGUGUGACUGACUUUCCAUGCUCGAACUUGAAUGCAACCCCGUCAGUAGCUGAUGAGCUUUUGCGCACUUCUAAGAUACAGGCCCUAUGUCUCGGAAAUCGAGCGACUCGGGAAACGUGGUUGUAACCGUCCACGAUUACAAAAAGGACAUGCAGCUGAGCAUCCAACUGAAUCGCUGGAUGAUGAAGCCCAUCGGUGUUUGGCCGCGAUCAAUCGACGUUUCGUGGGCAGAAAGAUCCGUAUAUAUACUACUAAAUGUAAUCUGCGUUAGCUUAAUCGGUUUCCUCUUCAUCCCUUGCGCCAUAUACAUCGCGUUGGAGGUUGAAAACAUUUACGAUAUGCUGAGACUGUCAGGGCCGGUGAUCUUAUGCGUUACGGCUGUCGCCAAGUAUUUCUUACUCAUCUACCGCGAGAACGAUAUCCGCAGGAAUAUCGAGCACAUCGAGAACGACUGGAUAAACACGCAGCAUUACGAUGACCGGAGCAUCAUGAUCAAAAAUGCCAAAUUUGGCCGUCGCCUCGUCAUGAUCUGCGCGUUCUUCAUGUACAGCGGCGCUGUGUUCUAUUACCUUGCUAUGCCGUUCAGUCACGGCAAGAUCACGGAACUCGGUAGCAAUUUGACGUACCGGCCACUGGUAUAUCCAGUUGCCAGAAUGCUCAUAGACGUGCGAUACAGCCCCAUCAGCGAGAUCUUCUUCUGGUUGCAGUGCAUUUCAGGAUUCCUUGCGCAUUCCAUCACGGCCAUUGCUUGCAGCCUAGCAGCGAUGUUCGUGAUGCAUGCUUGUGGCCGCAUGAAAGUUCUCAUGAAAUGGAUCGAGCAUUUGGUGGACGGUCGAAAGGAUUUCGGCACUGACGUGGACGAGAGACUGGCGAUGAUUGUGAAGCAGCACGUUCAAGUCAUACGUUUCGUAUUGCUAACGGACAAGAUACUGCGCGAAAUAUCUGUCACGGAAAUUAUAGGAUGUACUUUACAGAUGUGUUGUCUUGGAUAUUGUAUUAUCAUGGAGUGGCAAACGGGUGAACUCGCAAAUUACGUGACAUAUAUUAUUAUUCUCAUAGCAUUGACCUUCAAUAUUUUCAUAUUUUGUUACAUUGGAGAGCUAAUAGUUGAGCAGUUUAAAAAGAUCGGCGAAGUAUCAUACAUGAUCGAAUGGUAUCGGUUACCAAGAAGGAAAGGUCUCGCCCUAGUAUUGAUGAUCAUCAUAUCCAAUUCGUCCAUCAAACUUACCGCUGGAAAUCUUUUCGAGCUGUCGCUCAGUACUUUCGGUGACGUGAGUAGAACAAUGACAUUAUUAAACAUAUUAACGGCCGAACGACUUACGUAUCAUUCCUCCAAUCAACAGCCGUGGGGUGAUAACUGGAAAAUAGCCGUCACGGCGCAGCCGCGACGUGACUUUCCAUGCUCGAACUUGAACGCAACCCCGUCAGUAGCUGAUGAGCCUCUGUACGUUUCAAAGAUACAAGAAGACCUUAUGUACCGAAAAUCGAGCGACCCAGACAUCGUGGUUGCAGCUGUCCACGAUUACAAGAAGGACAUGCAACUGAGCAUCCAGCUGAAUCGUUGGAUAAUGAAGCCGAUCGGCGUUUGGCCGCGAUCAAUUGAGAUCUCGUGGCCAGAAAAAUCCGCGUGCAUGUUGGUGAAUGUAAUCUGCAUCAGCUUAAUCGGUUUCCUCUUCAUUCCCUGCGCUAUAUACAUCGUGUUGGAGGUUAAAGACACUUACGAUAUGCUGAAAUUGUCCGGACCGCUGAGCUUCUGCCUUAUGGCCAUCAUCAAGUACUCUUCACUCAUCUGUCGCGAGAACGAUAUUCGCAGAGGUAUCGAGCACAUCGAGAACGACUGGAUGAAUACGCGGCAUUACGAUGACCGGAGUAUUAUGAUCAGGAACGCUAAAUUUGGCCGUCGCCUCGUUAUAAUCUGCGCUUUCUUCAUGUAUGGCGGUGCCGUGUUCUAUUACCUUGCCAUGCCGUUCAGCCAUGGCAAGAUUACGGAACUCGGCAGCAACUUGACGUAUCGGCCACUCGUGUAUCCAGUCGCCAGAUUGAUUGUCGACGCGCGACAUAGUCCCGUCAGCGAGAUUUUCUUCUGGUUGCAGUGCGUUUCAGGGUUCCUCGCGCAUUCCAUCACGACCGUUGCUUGUAGUCUAGCAGCGGUGUUCGUGAUGCACGCUUGUGGCCGCAUGAAAGUUCUGAUGAAAUGGAUCGAGCAUUUGGUGGACGGUCGAGAGGAUUUCUGCAAUGACGUGGACGAGAGACUAGCGAUGAUCGUGCAGCAGCACGUUCGAGUCUUACGUUUCGUAUCUCUAACGGACAGGAUACUGCGCGAAAUAUCUAUUGUGGAAAUUGUAGGAUGUACAUUAAACAUGUGUUUUCUUGGAUAUUAUGUUAUCAUGGAGUGGGAAACAGGCGAACUCGCGAAUUAUGUGACAUAUACUAUUAUUCUCGUAUCAUUGACAUUCAAUAUUUUCAUAUUUUGUUACAUUGGCGAGCUUAUUGCUGAACAGUGUAAAAAAAUCGGCGAGAUGUCGUACAUGAUUGAGUGGCAUCGGUUACCAAAAAAGAAAGGUCUCGCCCUGGUGUUGAUAAUCGUCAUGUCCAAUGCAUCCAUCAAGCUUUCCGCUGGAAAUCUUUUCGAGCUGUCUCUCAGUACGUUCGGUAGCGUAGUUAAGACAUCUGUCGCCUAUUUGAACAUGUUACGCACAUUAACUUCGUAAAAUUUUCGUGUAACGAGCCAAUUAUGUGAUAGAUCGGUACAAUUAAUUGCGAAUACAUAAGAAUUAAUUAUCUAAUUCCAUAUUGAUAUGAGAAGAAGAGAAAUGAGAUACGGUA